AAACCCCAACAGAGCAACAUAAUUUGGCACCCUCUGUGCUGUUGCCGAGCGAGGAUAGGGACAGACUGAAACAUCCUAUAGAAGAUAACACUGUGCUGUUUGCAGUCAACAAAACCUUUGGCUAGAGGGAGAAAAUAACAUGCACAGAUACAUUACCACCCAGACACUGGCUGUCUCCGUUAGAUGCAUUAGUAAUCCCUCCUCUUAUACUUUCUGAAGUUUCCUUCUUUCUUCCAAGUGUGAAAUGGAAGAUUGGCUUUUUUCCUGUAUAUUAGAUACAUGAGGCUUCAGCUCUGAGCUGUUAGUAAGCCUAAGGAAAUGCAGGGCAAAGCAAAGAAGAUUUAAAUAUAUUGAGCAUCCCCCACAGCUAAUGAAAGAAGUAGAGCAGCAGAGAGUAUUUUCUAGGGCCUGCUACAGUUUUUAAACUAGUUUCUGUCAAAUUAUUAUGGCAGGAGGGGCUCUAGCAUCUUCUGAAUAUGCAGCAUGCAGCUGCAAACAAAAUGUUUCAGGGGAACAUCCACUCUUUGGUGAUUCACACAUCAAUACCAUCUCUAAGACCACCGACAGAAGACAUCAAGUUACAUGUCCGCCCAUGGGCCCGAGACCAUUUGCCAAGCCAUUCUUGGGAAUAAACAAUUACACGUCUCCCUAUCUUCACUCACAAAAUGGUUUUCACACAAUUCAUUCUGAAAACAGCCCUGUAAAACCAAGAAUUGUUACCGUAGUAAAGCCAGGAAGCCAUCCUUUGAAAAAGAUCACAUUACUUCUAAACAAGAGGUCUGUCCAGACUUUUGAACAACUGGUUGCUGAUAUAUCAGAAGCACUUGGUUUUCCGAGGUGGAAAAAUGACAGAGUGAGGAAACUUUAUAACCUCAGAGGCAAGGAGAUACGAAGUAUAUCUGAUUUCUUUCGUGGGGAUGACAUUUUUAUAGCAUUAGGAAGAGAAAAGCUGACAACAAAGUGUACUGAAUCUGUUUUUAAUGAACUUUACCCUGAGAGGUCAGCAAAGAAAAGCAAGGACCAGGAUGGAAAGCUGAGGUGUGGUCUGGAAAAUAAAGGGUUACAUAUUGGUAAUGGCAACAAUGAUAUUGAUGUUGCACACAACUAUGAGGAUUCAAUGUCUCCCAGAGGAGCCACCAAAUUUGACAGAAGAACAAACAACAAAUGCAGGGCUGAGGAGACAAAGAGAAUAAAACAGUGUGAUAUUGAAAAAUGCGACAGGGAAAAAUUUAAAUGUUUUGGGCCUAUUAAAAGAGCUGAGCUUUGUUGUAAUAAACAAAACCUUAUGAAGUGCACAAGUUUGAGUUGCAUUAUCAGAUGUGAUCAUUGCAGAGUGCACAAAUAUAGGAACAUUUACAACAGAGACUAUGAAAAAGACAUAUCGUUUGAAGGUAGUGGUACCAUUUCACUUCAUGGGCUCCAUUUUAACAAAGAAGAAUCAAAAAAUUGUAAGAAGUGUCCACUGGAAAAUAUCCAAGAGGAGGAGCUGAGACUUAAAUGUAAAGCUUGUAACUGCAAAUGGAAAGACACUAAGAGAGAGACCAUCAUAGGAGAUGACUUGAUAAAUAAUAAUAUUGAAAUGUAUGAAAAAACAGACUGGCAAGAAUCUAGACUACCAAAGGAGAACCUUUAUAGAAAGGAGCUGAAAAAAAAUCAAUGUAGGGAUGUGUUAGAUGGGUUUUCAGUGAGGAAACACCUCAAUGGCCUUUUACAGAAUGAUUCUGAGGAACCAAAGCAAAGCAUGUCUCGCUUGCAUGGAGACAACAUCACAAUUAACAAUGACUAUGGUAAUAAAAAAGAAAAGACAAAGGACCCACAAAUAUUAAAAACUGAAGCUGGACCUGGAGGAUUUCCACCCAAACUUAGAAGUGAUGCAAAGGGGAAUUGCCUUUUCACUCUAAAAAGACCAUGUUGCAUCAAAACCAGCAGGGAUAUAGAAAGUUACUAUGAAAUUGGUAGGACUAUUGGGGAUGGUAACUUUGCAGUUGUAAAGGUGUGUAGACCUUGGAAUGAAAAUCAGGAAUAUGCUAUGAAGAUUAUUGAUAAAUCCAAACUCAGAGGAAAAGAGGACAUUAUUGAAAAUGAAGUCAGGAUCAUUAAACAUCUUUCACAUCCCAACAUAGUUAAACUCUUUAGUGAUUAUGAAACAGAGAAAGAGAUUUACUUGAUUCUGGAGUAUAUCAGGGGUGGGGACCUGUUUGAUGUGAUUACAGAGAGCAUUAAAUUCACUGAACACGAUGCUGCCCUUAUGUUGAUUGACUUAUGUGAGGCACUUAAGUACAUUCACAGCAAACACAUUGUACAUAGAGACCUCAAACCUGAAAAUCUUUUGGUACAGCAUAAUCCUGAUGGCUCAAAAAGUUUAAAGCUUGCAGAUUUUGGCCUUGCUAUCUAUGCUACAGGGCCAAUAUUUACAGUUUGUGGAACACCUACAUAUGUGGCUCCAGAAAUCUUAUCAGAAAAAGGGUAUGGUUUGAAGGUUGACAUGUGGGCUACUGGAGUGAUUUUAUACAUACUCCUUUGUGGAUUUCCACCUUUUCGGAGUCCAGAUCGCAAUCAGGAAGAACUAUUCCAGAUCAUACAAAGUGGUGAAUAUGAAUUUCUCCCACCUUACUGGGAUCAUAUUUCAGAAGAAGUUAAAGAUUUAAUCAGCAAACUGCUAGUGCUUAAUCCUGAGAUCCGGUACUCUGCUAAGUGUGUCCUUCAGCACAGCUGGGUCACUUCAAGGGGACAAACGAACAGUCGGAAUCUACAAAGAGAAGUAACCGUGAAUAUUGAGCGUCACUUCAGAAACAGACAGAAGAAAGAAGCGACAGAUGCUGACUAGUGACAAGCUUUGGCAAAACAAGGCAUUAAAGAUUUUUUAUUUUUAAUUUAAAUGUUAGUUUUCAGUUAGUCAGACCAAGACCUAGUAAUAACGUUGAUAAUAUUGCUUAUAGUUUAGGUCUGGUAUAUGUAAUUUCUAGUAUAAAAAUAGCAGUUAUUGUCCUUUUAUUGUAUUAUUAUUAAUUUUUGUCUGUUGUACAGGUAUGGAAUCUGUUAUCUGAAAACCUGU